AUGUUAUGGCUUAGCAGCGAAUACCGACAUUCUUCAUUCUCCUGUUUUAAUAAUAUUGAAGUUAUUGAUGAAUAUUUAUCUUCUUUCAAAUAUCCAUCUACUACAGCAAUGAUACCUGGCUCCAUUAAAUUAUUUCACAAAUACAAAGAGAAUGAAAUUAAAUUGAUCAUGUUAUUUGGAUUUGCUGCAUUUGAAUCUGUGAUGAAAAAAGUUAAUUAUACUCAUUUUCUAUUGUUAGUUGUUGAACUUCAUUUAGCUGAAAAUAAAUCAAUCGAUAGAGCAGAAAUUGACAUUAUAAGGUUGUUGUUCAACAAGUUUUUAAUUGAUUUUCCACAACUCUACACGCCCAGACAUAAUGUUCAAGUUAUUCACAGUGUGAAACAUGUCAGUAAACUCUAUAUUGGUUUCAUCCAUGGCUUCGUUCGUCUCAGUAACGAGAAACAAAAUUUAUUUCAAAUUGAAAAAGUUCGUCUUACAGGAAAAUUAGCUGUAGAGAUAGAUGAACAGCAAGUUAAAUGUCCUAAUAUUCUAUACGGUUCCUUAUGUGAGGAAAAACACUAUAUAUGUCUUCCAUUUCUUGCCUUCUCAUACGAGAAAAAAAGUGAUCUAAAUCUUUCUCAGUGUACAGCAACGUCAGAUGGUCUUAUUCUGAUCAAUGGCAAAAAAACUCGUUUAUUUUAUGAAAGUCUUGUAAAGAUUGUUGGUGUAAAUCAAACUAAAGAAGAAUAUCCAAUGGUUGUUGUUAUCGAAUUUAACGAACGUUCGAUUUCUACGGCUCAAUUAAGUGAUGGAACAACAGAAUUUGUUAUAAAUAUCAGUGCAAUUCAUUCACCAGAAGAAACAUUUGAAAGUUUGAAAACCAUCUUUGAAGACGAACAAAUAUUAGAUGUUCACAAUUUAUUAUUUAUAUUUCAACAGUUGUAUGGCCUCUUACUGAUGAAACAUAUUCAAUGGAAAAAUAUUACAUGUCACGAUAAAUCAUCACGCAAGACUGCUAACUAUACGGCGCUUUCUUAUUUUAGUGAUGAUGAGAAAAAACAAGAAGCAGAUGAUGAAGCGCCUACAAUUACACUUGGUUUAACAGCAAACGAGCGUCACGAAGUUGAAAACGCGUUUGCAUUAAAAACAAUGUGGCGGCCAACACGUGGGGCACUGAGCGAUCGAUUAGAUUCGAAUUGCUCAGCUGAUACACGUGAAAGCGAACAUGCUACAAAUGAUAUAUCAGCAGCAAUCACUCAGACAACUUUAAAAUUAUUAUUAAAAGAUUAUUUCAAAGAUAAUCCAUUGUUAACUUCAAAUUUCGAUUCAGUUGCAAUUAACGUGCCUUGUGAUAUACCUUUGAUUGAUAUUCCAAAACAUUUAAAUAUGAAGCCAUUCUUAUCAACAAGUGACAAUAAAACUGAACUUUAUGAACUACAAUCGGCUAUACCUUCUCCGCCACAAACUAAAAUAAUUUAUAAAAAAGCUGGUGAAGAAUUAUCCUUUGAACAGGCUACGAAAAAAUACGAUGAUUUACAACUGCGUCGUAAAAUGGAAGAAAGAGAAGCGCGUGGAGUGCCCGUGAAAAGAAAAGGUCGACUACAAUCAACAACCCGCCGACGAAAACGAUGA